ACCCGGGGUGAAGGUGCUCCGAGCUCCGGUAGCUACCUUGGGACGUUCAUCCCGGUCCCGAGUCCCGACUUCCUUACUGAUCUAGCUCUCGUUGCUGUCCCGGGAAGACCACCGGAUUCUUUUCCUCCUGCUGGUUUUCUUUUUCCUUCCUCCCAUCUCCCAAUUCCUUCCAUUUUCCUCCUCCACACGCUGGCCCCCGCCCCGCGUAGCGUAGCGUAGUCUGCCAUUCUGAACAUCCCACCUGCCUGCCACCUCCUGACUUCUGCCCCUCCCUGACUUCGAAUCCCUUAGCCAGAGGGCUCUGUCAUAACCUAGCCAGACUCUCUUACACGCCUCUUUUUUCCCCCUCUUUAUCAGUUCCUGACUCCCAAAUCCAGCUAACCUUUGACUUUCUGACAUUUGACCCUGACACUUGACUCUGGACCUCCAAGCGGAGGUCUUCCCUUCUGAGGCUACUGCACCCCACACCAUGGACUUCUUGAUGAGUGGUCUGGCAGCCUGCGGGGCCUGUGUGUUCACCAAUCCCCUGGAGGUUGUGAAGACCAGGAUGCAGUUGCAGGGAGAACUGCAGGCCCCUGGCACCUACCAGCGUCACUACCGAAACGUCUUCCACGCCUUCUUCACCAUCGGCAAGGUGGAUGGCCUGGCUGCCCUGCAGAAGGGCCUGGCCCCUGCCCUUUUGUACCAGUUCCUGAUGAAUGGUAUUCGACUGGGCACCUACGGGCUGGCUGAGUCUAGGGACUACCUGCAUACCACCGAGGGCACCCUCAGUCCUGCCCGCAGCGCAGCAGCUGGGGCCCUGGCUGGGGUCAUGGGAGCCUAUUUGGGGAGCCCCAUCUACAUGGUGAAGACACACCUACAGGCACAGGCAGCCUCGGAAAUUGCUGUAGGGCACCAGUAUAAACAUCAGGGCAUGUUUCAGGCGCUAACCGAGAUUGGCCAGAAACAUGGUCUGGUGGGGUUGUGGCGUGGGGCUUUGGGCAGCCUGCCCCGAGUUAUCAUCGGUUCCUCUACCCAGCUGUGCACCUUCUCAUCCACCAAGGACUUCUUGAGCCAGUGGGAGAUCUUUCCUCCCCAGAGCUGGAAGGUGGCUCUGGCAGCUGCCAUGGUGAGUGGCAUCACAGUUGUCCUGGCCAUGACACCCUUUGAUGUGGCCAGCACAAGGCUCUAUAACCAGCCCACAGACAGUCAGGGCAAGGGCCUCAUGUACCGAGGAAUCUUGGAUGCUCUUCUGCAGACAGCCCGGACAGAGGGCAUUUUUGGCAUGUACAAGGGUAUAGGUGCCUCCUACUUCCGCCUUGGCCCCCACACCAUCCUCUCCCUCUUCUUCUGGGACCAGCUGCGCUUCCUCUAUCACAAGUACACUAAAUAACAGCUACUUUCCCACACUCCACCAAAUUGAUACUUCUUGGACACUUCUGCCUCCACUACUAUGUCCUGUUGAUUACUGACCAUGUGACUUUUUAUCCAUCCAAGAGGGAUAGCCAACGACACUCCCUGUUCUGUUCUCUCAGAGUUGAACCACAAGUAGUAAGUCUCCUUCCCUUCUUUGGGUGUUGCUCUAAACCAACCUAUCUAUCCCCCUGUACUCUACACACCCCCUUCUCAGGGCUAAACCAAUCACUCCAAAAUAUAUUGCUUCCCUCUUUCCACUGCCAGCCUUGGGUCCCUCCUGUUCCCAUGCACAGCUUUAAACUUUCCCAUCCAAGACCAAAGGGAAUUUGGGAGACCCAGGUGUCCUGUAAAAUUCAAAGACACAGAAAUUAUAUUGGUUAUAAAGCAAGUUUAUUUCUGCAGA